AUGUCCUUCGUUAACUCCAAGGAGACUUGGUACUUUUGUGCACAUCAAACUACAAAUAAUAGAGUAAUCUGCAAACGUGUUACCGAUCCACUCUCCUUCUUCGUCUCCACUUCCGAACUGAACUCAACUGAGAUGGCUUCGGUAGUUAGUCAACUUGUUAUACCUCCAAAUAAUGGUCAUAAGGCAUGGGAAGAUCCAUCUUUCAUCAAGUGGAAUAAGAGAGAUGCUCAUGUUCCACUACGCUGCCACGAAUCUGUCGAAGGCUCUCUAAGAUAUUGGUACGAGCGCAACAAAGUGGAUUUACUAGUGUCAAAAUCAGCUGUUUGGGAUGACGAUGCUGUUGCUAAGGCCCUUGAUUGUGCUGCGUACUGGGUCAAGGACUUGCCUUUUGUCAAAUCUUUGUCUGGCUAUUGGAAAUUCUUUCUGGCACCAUCUCCCAGUAGCAGCCCUGUUAAUUUUUAUGAUAGCUCAUUUCAAGAUUCUUCAUGGGAUGCUUUACCAGUUCCAUCCAAUUGGCAGAUGCAUGGAUUUGAUAUUCCAAUCUAUACAAACGUCGUAUAUCCAUUUCCAUUGGAUCCUCCCAGAGUUCCUGAAGACAAUCCCACUGGUUGCUACAGAACUUACUUUUACAUUCCUAAAGAAUGGGAAGGUCGCAGGAUAUUUUUACAUUUUGAAGCAGUUGAUUCUGCCUUCUUUGCAUGGGUAAAUGGACGCCCCAUUGGAUACAGUCAGGAUAGCAGACUACCAGCUGAAUUUGAGAUCACAGACUUUUGUUAUCCCAGUGGAUCUGACCAGAGAAAUUCUCUUGCCGUUCAAGUAAUGCGAUGGAGCGAUGGUUCUUAUCUUGAAGAUCAGGAUCACUGGUGGCUGUCGGGCAUUCAUCGUGAUGUCCUCCUUUUUGCUAAGCCUAAGGUUUUUAUUGAAGAUUAUUUCUUCAGAUCCAACUUAGCUGAAGAUUUUUCUUAUGCAGAUAUACAGGUUGAGGUGAAAAUCGACAAAUCAGCAGUUAGUAUUGACAACUCAACUGAAACAUCUGAAGAUAAGUUUGCUGCGAACUUCGCCAUUGAAGCUGAAAUUUUUGACACAGGGAGUUGUUAUGCGGGCAAUGGACAUGUCGAUCUUUUAUCUACGGAUGUGGCCCAUCUACAGCUGACGCAAUCUGUUGAUUAUAUUCUUGGAUUCAUAGGGUAUCAUCUUUCAGGGAAAAUGCAGAUGCCCAAGCUUUGGUCUGCUGAGCAACCAAAUCUCUAUACUCUUGUUAUCACACUGAAAGAUGCAUCAGGGCUUAUAAUUGAUUGCGAGUCAUGCCAAGUAGGCUUUCGACAAAUAGCCAAAGCACCAAAACAGUUGCUUGUCAAUGGACAACCAGUAAUGAUAAGAGGGGUGAACAGGCAUGAACACCAUCCACGCCUUGGGAAGACAAACUUGGAGUCCUGUAUGGUUCAGGAUUUGGUUUUAAUGAAGCAACACAAUAUAAAUGCUGUUAGAAACAGUCAUUACCCUCAACAUCAACGAUGGUAUGAGUUGUGCGAUCUGUUUGGCAUGUACAUGAUUGAUGAAGCCAAUAUUGAGACACAUGGUUUUCAUCUUUCCCGUUAUAUAAAGCACCCUACACUCGAGCCAAGUUGGGCUUCUUCAAUGCUAGAUAGAGUCGUAGGAAUGGUUGAGCGGGAUAAAAAUCAUGCAUGCAUCAUUGCCUGGUCAUUAGGAAAUGAGGCAAGCUAUGGACCUAAUCAUGCUGCACUUUCUGGUUGGAUACGAGGAAAAGACUCGUCAAGGUUUGUACACUACGAAGGUGGAGGGUCUAGGACAUCUUCAACCGAUAUUGUGUGCCCUAUGUACAUGCGUGUUUGGGAUAUAGUUAAGAUAGCUGAAGAUCCUGCAGAAAUACGGCCAUUGAUACUGUGCGAGUAUUCACAUGCAAUGGGAAACAGCAAUGGAAAUAUCCACGAGUACUGGGAAGCAAUUGAUAGCACAUUUGGUCUCCAAGGAGGAUUUAUCUGGGAUUGGGUUGAUCAGGGAUUAUGGAAGCCAGGUGCAGAUGGUAGCAAACAUUGGGCAUAUGGAGGCGAUUUUGGGGAUACCCCUAAUGAUCUGAACUUUUGCCUCAAUGGUAUCACAUGGCCAGAUCGAAGUCCUCAUCCUGCUCUACAUGAGGUAAAGUUUGUGCACCAACCAAUCAAAGUCUCACUCAAAGAAGACAUAGUCAAGAUUACAAACACACACUUCUUUUUAACAACAGAAACAUUAAAGUUCAACUGGGUGAUUCAUGGCGAUGGACGUGAACUUGGUUCUGGAAACCUCAACAUACCAACAAUAGAACCUCAGAAAAGUUACAAUAUAAAAUUGGAGUCUGGCCCAUGGUACUCUCUAUGGACCUCAUCGGAGGACAUGGAAAUCUUUUUGACAAUAACUGUAAAGCUUUCGUGCUCGACUCGUUGGGCUGAAUCUGGUCAUGUAAUUUCAUCUGCACAAGUCCAGUUGCCAGCAAAACAAGAAUUUGUUCCUCGUAGCAUUCGAGCCAUGAAUGCAGCUUUUUCCACCGAAGUUCUGGAUGAUACUAUAAAACUCAGUCGGCAGAACCUGUGGGAGAUCAAAUUUAAAAAACAAACCGGGGCCAUUGAAAGCUGGAAGGUGGACGGAAUACCGGUUAUGCACAAUGGUAUACUACCAUGCUUUUGGAGAGCGCCGAUAGAUAAUGACAAAGGAGGAGAGGGACAAAGUUACAUUUCCAAGUGGAAAGCUGCAAAUUUAAAUAAUCUGUCAUUCAUUACUGAAACCUGCUCUGUCCUAAAUGUGACUGAUAAUCAAGUGAAAAUUGCAGUAGUAUAUCUUUGCAUUCCAGAAGGUGCUUCACAAUCAGAAAAAUCUAAUGCCCUCUUUAAGGUUGAUAUGAUUUACUCAAUUUAUGGUUCGGGUGACGUUAUAUUGGAAUGUAGCGUAAAUCCAAGUUCUGAUUUGCCACCCUUGCCUCGUGUUGGGGUUGAAUUUCACUUGGAAAAAUCAAUGGACCUUAUCAAGUGGUACGGGAGGGGACCAUUUGAAUGUUAUCCAGAUCGAAAAGCUGCUGCCCAUGUUGGGGUGUAUGAGCAGAAUGUGGGCGAGAUGCAUGAGCCUUAUAUUGUUCCCGGGGAAUGUUCGGGCAGGUCAGAUGUGAGGUGGGUGACAUUUCAAAACAAGGAUGGUCAUGGAAUUUAUGCUUCGAUGUAUGGAAGUUCUCCACACAUGCAAAUGAAUGCAAGUUACUACAGCACGGCCGAGCUUGAACGCGCUACUCAUAUUGAGGAGCUUGUGAAGGGAGAUAACAUUGAGGUGCAUCUCGACUACAAGCAUAUGGGUAUAGGCGGAGACGAUAGCUGGUCGCCUUGUGUCCAUGACAAAUAUCUCGUGCCUCCUGUACCAUACUCUUUCUCUAUCAGAUUGUCUCCAAUAACUGCAGCAAACUCAGGUUUUGACAUCUUCAGAUCCCAGACGACGAUUGGAGGCGAAAACUUAACGGGAAGUACAACACUCCUCCAUCUCGACCGGAGCUACUUGCUGGUGAAAAUUUGUACUCUUAAACGUCAUCCAUCGCGCAGCAAACAUUAUUAUGCCAGGGAAGAACUUCGGCUCCAACAAGAUGAACACAUCUCUCGGCUAUUCCAAACUCGUUGUACGGUAUCUGAAGAACAGGCCCUGGAGAUUCAAUUCACCGUGACAAUACGCAAGGCCAAUGAAAGCACGGAACUGGAUAAAAAAGGGAAGAGACCGGCAUGA